AUGGAUGAAGUUCAUGAUGUUCUGGAAGAAUUUAAAGAAGAAGAAUUUGAACUGCAAGUUCUAGAAGAUAUGCCUUUUGUAGAUGAAGACAUAUCCACCUUGAAUGGUAAUGAUGAUGACAAAGAAGAUACUCCAAUGAACAUGUCUUGGAACGAACUUAAUGUCAUUUCUUCUUCUUCAAUCCAACAAAUCUUCAUUGAUGAUGGGCUUAGUGUAGCUUCAAAGAUAAAGGUAAACAACUUCAUAUAA